AUGGCGUCAUCCUUCCACAGCUGUGGUGUUUGUGACCUCCGACUCAUCACCAAUCCAUGCAUAGUCUGGUGUACGGAAUGUGAUGAAGGACUGUGUAAAGAAUGUCAUGAACACCAUAGAUUGUCAAAGGCUUCGAGGAACCAUAGUGUGAUAUCAUUUACGGACUACCAAAAAUUACCGACAGAUGUUCUGAAAAUCAGUCAAUACUGUAGCAAACACAAUAAAAAGUUUGAAAUGUUUUGCCAGAAACAUGAACGUCCUUGCUGCAGCAAAUGUAUAGUAGAUGCACAUACAGAAUGUCGGGAUAUCGUCGAUUUAGAUGACGUCUUAAAGAAUUACGAAACCCCAAAUGCCCUAUCUGAGAUUGAGAAAACAUUAGUUGAAGUGGCAGCAAAUUUACAAAAAAUUCGCCAACAUCAACAGGACAAUAUGUCGACGUUGAAAGAAAAAAGAAAGGAAAUUGAGAAAGAAAUUAAGAAGACUAGAAUGGAAAUUAGUCAAUUUCUCGACAAACUUCAAGAAGAUUUUAUGGAACAACUCUAUGAGCUCGAAGAAAAGGAAAACUCAAGAAUUGGUCAGUUAUUGUCAUUAUUAGAAAAGAAAGAAAAAGAAGUUGAAGAUUGCCAGAAAAAUAUUAUUAAUAUUAAGCAACAUGCAACAAAUCUUCAGAUGUUCCUUUCAGUGAAGCAAAUCGAAGAAGACGUCUCUAGCAAAGAGAAAUUCCUGCACUCAUUAAUUGAAGGUGAUGAUUUAAACCAGCAUUUUCUAGAAUACGAAAUAAAUGGAGCUUUUCAGAAAAUUAUGUUUGAUAUCAAAUGUUUUGGAGAAGUCCACAUUGCAGAACAACCUGCCGAUAUUGUUCUAAGCAGAAAUAAAGCUAAAGAAGCCCAGAUAAUAGUACCGAUCGUUCAUUCACGAUUGUUUAAAAACAUCAAUUUGAAGUUAAACAAAACAAUAAACCUACAAGGCAACUGGAUUUACGGUUGUUGCAUGCUGCCGGAUGGUAGAUUUGUGUUUACUUACAACCGUGAAGGAAAAUUAAGAGUUUUCAACGAUCAAGGAUCAAAAGAAUUUGAGAUGAAGAUACCAUGUGGAGCGUUUGAUAUAUUACACAUCAGCAAUGACAAUACAUUGGUUGUAACAUCCGGUGAAUCAGGCAAGCAAUGUCUUUCCAUUGUAGACUUGAAAAAGAAAAAAAUUAAGAAAACAAUUUCACUGAGUUCGGAUAACUAUGGCAUGGUAUUAAAGGACAAUCAAUUGAUUUAUUCCGCCUUCAACAAAGGUCUACGAAUGAUAAAUCUAGAUGACGAGUCUUUGACCGACAUUGUCCGAGAAGAAAUGCCAACGGAAGGUUACACUGCGAUAUUUAAAGACAACAUUUAUCAUACAAACAGAAUAAAUCACACUGUUACAUGCUAUAAUCUGCAAGGUGAAAGGCAAUGGACAUUUCAAAAUGAAAGCGUUCUGAAAGAUCCUCUUGGUAUUGAUGUAGAUAAUGAUGGUAAUUUGUAUGUGGCAGGGAUUCAUUCGAACAAUGUUGUUAUUAUCUCCAAUGAUGGACAAAUGUAUCGAGAGCUAUUGGCAGCAGGUGUUGGUUUUCGAUAUCCCAUCGCACUCCGUUAUUAUGGACAUAAUAAACAAUUGCUAGUGGCAAAUAUUCACGACGAGGCUCGACUGUUUGAUUUGAUUUAA